CUGUUUGAAAUUUAAAAAUAGACAAGAUUUACGAAACUUAGAAUAUCAAUAUCAAGUCGUUCGUGUAAACUUGAACUGUAGUCAUGGAUGUUGAUACGAGUUUUCUACCUUGUCCUGUGUGCAAACUACCGCAUUUCGAAGAUGUGCAUUCUUUGCGUUCAAGUUUAAUCAACGUGGCGACGUCGCAACUUGUAUGCCCUGUUUGUAACGAGUCUGUUAUGGGUUUGGAUAAGCUGACUAUUCAUUUAUUUGCACACGUGAGCAUCGCCGUGGUGAACACAGAAAAUAUUCCUGAGGAAAGGAAUAAGUACGAUGUUGAACAGUCUCAAACCUUAGAGUUGGACAACUCGAAAAUACAACCGAUAGUCGAAGAAACGAAUACUAUAGUUUGUGACAUCUGCGAUUUCACAUUUACCGACCAGACCAUACUGGAUUUACACCAGAAACUGCUGCAUCAAACUAACCCAGAUAAGGAAACUGGCUUGUACAAUUUUCAUUGUCAUUUGUGCAGCAAGAAGUUCAAAAUGAGGGGUAGUUUGAUUGUGCACCUGCGUGUUGCACAUUAUGGCUUUAGCAAAUCGACGAGUGUUGAGCAAAAUUCUGUAGGGACUGGUACAAGCAAAGAAAUUAUUAAAACUAGCGACAGUAAACAAUGGGAGUGCGAUAUCUGUUGUAAAACGUUUACUACGAAGUAUUUCUUGAAAAAACACAAGAGAUUACACACAGGUGAAAUGCCGUACACCUGUACUCAAUGCAACAAAUCGUUUACGUUUCAACAGUCUUACCACAAGCACAUGCUCUACCAUUCUUCAGAAAAACCACAUACCUGCAACGAAUGUGGGAGAUCGUUCAAGGAGCUGUCCACCUUACAGAACCAUGCUCGUAUACAUUCAGGAGAAAGACCUUUCAGCUGUGAAACUUGUGGAAAGUGUUUUCGUCAAAGGGUAUCGUAUCUGGUCCACCGGAGGAUACACACCGGAGUGAUGCCGUACGAUUGCAAAAAAUGUGGGAAGAAAUUUAGAUAUAAAGUGAGUCAACGCUCCCACAAAUGUGUACCCUCUCAAUCGAUGAGUUGUUCUAUCGAUAUUUCCCAAAUAAAAGGGCUUGAGCAAGCUGCUCUUUCAUCUCUAGAGCAGAAUGGAAAGAUGUGUUAUACAGCAGACGGCAGUGAUUUGUCGUGUAAGAAAGACUCGCCCCCAAAAGACUCUGUCAGUGAUGGAAAUGAUUACCAAUGUUUUUAUAACUUUAAUACGAGGAAUAACCAGAUCACUGACAAUAUGACAGGGAUAUCGAGUCCUCCGCAAGAUUUAUACUCCUUGAUCAUGUCCCCCUUACUCUCAGAUGUUGAAUCACUCUGUUUAAAUCCCUUGGAGAUAGAUUGCAAUCAAAACGACCCGAAUAAAACCAAAGGCACCAAUGAAAAUCGACUAAUUUCUGAAAAUAUAUUUAGCAAUGCAAAUUUCUCACAAAGAAAUUGAAACAACGCUUCAUACUGCUUCUUUAACAAUACUGGAAACAUAAACAUACUAGUUGUAAUGAUAUUAUAAAUAUAAUGUGAUAAGUUAA